GCUGGUACUAUUCACAGUGAUUUCAGACCCUGUACCACACAGCUCCAUACUGUUUACACAACUCACAUGCACAACAGUAGCUCUGCUUAAUGUAAACAACCAUACUGUUAGACAGAUACAUACCAGAUAUUUGUUUCACACAGAUGUUGUUGCAGAUGGGGGUUCUGGUCCUGAUACGUUUGGUGAAACAUCAUCAGAAAGCUACAGCUCACCAUCCAGCCCUCAGCACAGAGGACCAGAGAGCCUUGAUAGUGAGGAUGACAACAACAAAGACACAGACAGCCACUCUGAUGACUCCAGUAAAUGUCCUGGUCCUGACAUGUUCUUCACACGCGACACUGUUCCAGCUGUGGUGGGGGACGUCUCCUCUGUCCAUUCUCUGUCUUCCAACAACCACCGGCCCCAGAUAGAUCCCCUGUGCCCAGAGAGCAGCACCGAGUUUCCUCCUCUCUCCUUCAUGCAUUCUCUGCCACCUCCCAGCCAAAGCAUCGCCGCUGAGGGGAAGCUCUCAUCUGGUACAAUGAUGAUGCAGAUGCCCUUAGUGCCUCCAGCCAUCCCAGGCCCAGGAAUUGUGGGAGACCCAGAGAAGAGGGACAUGCUCCCAACCUUUGGGAUUCCGCUGAUUGGCCUCCGCCCUCAAGGAAGUCUGUCUGUGCAGCCUUUUGUUCAGAGGUUUAAAACAGUUCUGGGUGGAGCUGAUGGAGCGUCAGGGAUUGGCUCUGCUGCUGCCAUGCCACAGGCUUCACAUCAGGCCCCAGUCAGAGCUAUGAGUGUCAUGACCCCUGGCCCCACAUCCUUCUGCUCUCCACCUCAGCAGCCCUGCCAAGACCCAGCCAGUGUCAACUCAGGUCUGGCCUCCUCUCUGCCACAUGUGGAGCCUUCACACGCCAAGCACCCGGGCUUAUCUUUACCAUCUGGCCUGCCUUCUCCCUACACCCUGCCCCCUAUCCCCUCAUCUGUCAUGCCUACUGUAGGAGCACCUGUAGCCACUGGAGUGGCUCCAUCUUCUGGACAUGUACAAGCUGCUGUUCCUCCAGCUGUGCCCACCCACACCCCUGGACCCGCCCCCAGCCCCAGUCCAGCACUUACUCACAGCACGGCACACAGUGAAUGUACAUCCUACAGCAACAGUGGUUCUUCCUGUGGAAGUGCCCCUAUUGCCCCUGGAAUCCCUAUUGCUCUUCAGCAAACCCAUCAGCAACAAGUGACUCCACAGCAGCCAACACAGCCACCACCACCACAACAGCAGCAACAGCAUCAACAACAACAGCAGCAGCAUCAACAGCAGCAGCAGCAGCAACAACAUCAACAGCAGCAGCAACAGAUGGGCUGUGGUACGUGUGGUUGUCAUAACAACUGUGGCGGGCGAAGCAGCAACAGCAGCACUGUCAGCGGCGUCUCCAGCUGCCAGACACCCUUAUUCUUCCCCACCCACCAAAUGGCAGCAGCAGCAGCUCGCCAGGUGUUCAGCGUUCCUCCGCCUCUCUUCCAGCUAACAAGCAUGUGCAGUAACAGCUACCUCACCCAGGCCCAGGCUCCUCACCAGGCCAACGGUGCUGCCACCCUGCCUCCCUUCUUCACCGCUGCUCCACCUCCUACACACCCGUCCCCCUACGGCCCCCUCCACGCAGACGUGCCAUCACACAUGCUGGGCACCCAGGCCGCCGCGGUGGCGGUCGCCGCAGCCGCAACCUACAACCUCCAGCAGCAGAUGGCGCCGGCGGCAUCUUUCUGCCAGCGGGUCUACCAGCACGUGUACCCGAAUCCUCUGGGGAUGCUGCCUGCUGCAACUCUGGGAGGAGGCGGAGUAAAUAAGAAGAGCGGCAAUGUGUCCUGUUUUAACUGUGGAGUCAGUGGCCACUACGCUCAGGACUGCAACCAGCCCUCCAUAGACUCCACACAGCAAGGUGGCUUCCGGUUAAAGUACGCAGCCUCCCACAUUUCAGAAGCAUUCGACAAUGCCGACUGAAGACGAAGAAAGGAUGAAGAGUUCCUCUGGUCUCGUUGCCACGGUGACAGUCCUGUGUUUCUCCCCAGGCAGAGUCUGAGUGAGUGGUGCACUAAAGCAUCUGUGUACUUCAGGAAAAAAAAAAAGAAUCUCAACCUGCCAAGGGCUCAGCGGACAAAGCCUAAGUACUUGUGCCUGAGAAAAUCUUGUUUCCGUGGAGAUGAUACAC